CCCUCUGCGCGUGGCGCAGGGUGGCCGAGGGUCGGGUCCCAGCGGCCGGCCCGGCGGCCCCUCUCUGGCUUAGCACGCCCGACAGCACUAACUCGGCGGUGCCCGGCCAAGCAAAUCUUUUGUCCCUGGCGGCGCUGAGCCAGCAGGGCGCCGCCGGGUAUAUACUGAGUCCGGUGGAGGACGGCGGCGCACCAUGGCGCAGCGCUCCGGGAAGAUCACUCUCUACGAGGGCCAGCACUUCACAGGCCGGAAGCUGGAGAUCUUCGGGGACUGUGACAACUUCCAGGACCGAGGCUUUAUGAACAGAGUGAACUCCAUCCGGGUAGAGAGUGGCGCCUGGGUCUGCUUUGAUCACCCCGAUUUCCGGGGCCAGCAGUUCAUCCUGGAGCAUGGUGACUACCCUGACUUCUUCCGCUGGAACGGCCACAAUGACCACAUGGGCUCCUGCCGGCCUGUAGGAAUGCAUGGGGAGCAUUUCCGGCUAGAGAUCUUCGAGGGCUGCAACUUCACGGGCCAGUGCCUGGAGUUCCUGGAGGACUGCCCCUUCCUGCAGAGCCAGGGCUGGACCAGGAGCUGCGUCAACGCCGUCAAGGUCUACGGGGAUGGAGCGUGAGUGGCAGCCAGGGCUGCUGGUCUCCCUGUGGCCCAGAAAGGCCUCAGUGAGGGACACUGGGCCCCAAACAGCUGUCAGAACCCUGCGUGUUCUGUCCUUGGCCGCCCCCUGCAGACGCAGGUUUCCUUCUGAUCAGCUGAGGGCAGCCCGUGCUCCCUGUGCCCUCCCCUUGUGUAAAGUGUCCCUGGCCUGAGACUUUCCAGUUGACCAUCUCUCUAACCUUUGCUUGGGUAGAUAUCGUCCCCAUUUUACAGAGGAGCAAACUGAGACUGGAAGGCUAACUUGGCCCUGGAGAGAGGCCCUGCUGGGAUUGCAGUCUGCUUUCCAGAGCCUGUGCCCCCAGCCCCUCCCCUCAGGAGAAGAGCCCCAGGCCCAGUCCUGCCUCCCUCUAUGGCUGGUCCAGAAACUUGGCUCUUGUUGAAGAAGCUAAGGAGUCUUCUGUAUUUCUGAGGCUUGGCCUCAGGGACCCUCGUGAGGUGUCGGGAGGGACUGAAGGAGACCCAGACUGAGCUAUAGGUACUAUCUACCUUUCUUCAGGGAGGUGUGACUUGGUUUGAGGAGUUGGUGACAUCUGGGAGUCCAGGGGUAGAAUUUCAGAACAACUCACCCUGGAAAUUUUGCUGGCUAAGUUGUGCCAUGAGGCCAAGACACACCUGGGCAUGCUAAAUGCCCUGAGACCCAGGACACUGUCCCGCCUCUCCACAGCCUGGAGACUUCAGGGCUGUGGAGGAACAGGUGGGGGAGGCAGGGGCUUGCGUUGUUUGACUGUCGGGGCAUAGAUCUUGAAUCCAGUGCCCUCGGAGGGGACAUCUUGGUGGCCAGGAAGCUAACCAGAACUGAAAUGGUAGACUCCCUGUGUGGACCCAGAGCACACUUCUCCUUUACCUCUUGUGUCUUUAAUUCAUUUUUUUCUUUCUUCUGCGGUGCUGGGGAUGGAACCCACACAUGCUGGGCAAGCGCUCUAUCACUGAGCCACGUUCCCAGGCCCUGUGACUUGUAAGCCCUCUUCAAGGGGCAGCUGCAUGGGUGGCGAUGCUGGAUGCCCUGGGUCUGGAUGGUGACACUCCACAGAGCCUUUCCUGGGACCUGGGUGAUGGGAGGCUGGGUCCCUCCAUUUCCCGCAGGACAAGAGCGUUCCCUCUGGGUUCCAUGCAGUUCCAGUUGGCCUGUCCCUCGUCCCAUGUCCUGGAGGGCACUUGGAGGGAAAUACACUGGCAUUUCUGCCACUUCCACUUCCCAUCUCCUAACAGCUGAGCCUCAGGGCUGGGAGGUGUUGCCAAAGUAGAGCACUUGCCCGGCCCGUGUCAGGCCCUGGGUUCAAUCCCCCGCAGCCCCCCUGCCCUCUGAGAGAAGAAUGAGCCCUUUGCCUUCCUCUCUCUGCCUCCUCCCCAACUGGCUGGGCUCGGAGGGGGGAGCUUGCUGUGACGCCCAGCCCUCUCCCUGCCCUUUAGUUUGGGGGAGGUCCACCUGAGCCCCAGGGUGGCUCAAGACACUGCUUGGGCCUUUCCAGCUGCUGCUAGGGGGCCGGGGCUGGCCCACUCACUCUGAGCUGCAGCUGUGGGGUGGGAGGUCUUGCGGCACCAGGCUGUCCCCCAGUAGGUGCCCCCUCCCUGCUCACACUCUCCGCCUCCCUCCCUCUUCAUGGCCAUUACCGACCCUGACUCUCCCAACAGUGGACUGCCCCAGGCACCAGGUGUGGGGUCAGGAGAGUGGCGGGAGCAGACAGUGGGGAGGAGGGCCCUGCGGCCUUGGGCCCUCACUCUCCUUCCCUGACCUCAUCUGUAGGCUGGGCUCAGGCUAGAAGGGCUGUGUCCAUGGGGAAGAAGCUCCUUCAACAGCAAAGUGCUUUCAGGGUGGUGGGCAAGAAUUACUGGGGUCCAAGUGGGCACUCAUUGCAAAGAGGCAGGGUCGGAGUCCAGGCCACAUGGACCCCCAAAGACAGAGCUGUCUGUGCGCCCCUUGUGGGAGGCCCAAGAGGAAGCUGCCCAAGGCCACUGCCUGUCCCU